AUGAAGCGUUCUUUUUCUUUCACAAGUCAAAGAAAGGAGACUAUUGAAAAAAUUGAAACCGAGGAUGAUUUUUCAGAAGCGUUUGAAACAGUUCUUGAUCUCAAACAGAGCACAUUAAAGGAAGAACCGGAUUUUGAUAAGUUAGAGUCUGCGAAUUUACGAGAGAGAACUCGUGCUCUUAAAAUUCUAAUUAAUGCAUUUCCAAACUUGAGUCAACAUGAGAGGGUUAAUCUAUUCAACAUUCUUACAAGACAAUUAGCUGCUGAAAAAGACAAAGAUGCUAAAUGUCUUAUAGUAAUGCUGUUUGAAAAAUUAGCGCUCGAUUCUGCUCAUGAUUGUCGAUUGAUUAUUAGCACGUUGCUGAGUCAAGUAGAAACAGAUUCAACAAAAUUAAAAUGUCAAAUAUUUAAUUCGAUAAUGGCGAUUCUAAAGAUUAAACAAUUAGAACAACAGCAGUUCGGUUCAAAUUCCUUUCUGAACACCAUUAAUCAACUUUCUAUUCUCGCCAUUGAAGAAUUAUCAUGCUCACAUCAUCGCAUAAGAGCCAUCUCACUUCGAUUGUUGGCUACCUUAUCACCAAUCAUUACACGUAUUAAACAAGAUUUUAAUAGCAAGAAUUUGUCUGAUCCCACAAUCUCGGAAUUUUUGAAUGGCGACCAAAUUCAAACAAUCAUUCAUAACUUUGUAUGUGAUCCGGACCCUAGAGUUCGUCACACUGCUUUGACGAUGCUUGUUGAGCUACAUCAUCGGAGAUCUAUCCUCGAUCUAAAAUGGUAUCAACUGUCAAUUAAUUGCUUGAAGGAUGAUUAUGAACAAGUUCGAUCUGCGGCAUUGAGUCUAGUUUGGGUAUUAAGUGGUCUAUAUCCUAAUGAAAAAAUUCCACUCAGCAACGGGUCUAAAGAAAGUAUUUCAUUAGUGGACGAUGCUUUUAUCAAAAUUUGUGAUAUGAUUAGUGAUGGCUCGGUGAAAAUUAGAAGUAAAGCUUGCGCAAUCUUGGGUAGCUGCCGUGAUGUUAGUGAAAUAAUUCUUUUGCAAACAUUUAGUAAAGAGGUAAUGUCUCAUUUGAAGCGUAAAAAUCCAAUUAAAUCGGGCGGUGGUGGCAGUAAAAACAAGAAACAAAGGCAAUUACCAAAACCCGAAGGAGAUUUUGAUGUGGAAUCAGAUGAAUUUCGAUUACUUGAUUCUGGAGCAUGUGGAGCUUUUAUUCGUGGUUUAGAGGAUGAAUAUCAAGAAGUAAGAAAUGCUUCUAUCGACUCUAUAUGUAAAUUAUGUAUGUAUAGUACAAAGUUUGCUGAACGCGCUAAAGAUUUUCUUGUUGACAUGUUUCACGAUGAAAUCGAUUCUGUUCGUUUAAACGCCAUAAAUAGUCUUCAGAAAAUCGGAACGUACACAAAAAUUAUUCUAGAUUAUGAACAAUUGCAGAAUACUCUUGAUGUUUUAGGAGACUCCAAUUCAAAAAUUCGGGAAGCAACUCGUGGAAUGCUGAGUGUCACCAAACUCUUGAAUUCCGAAUCUGCCGCUAAAUUUAUAGAAGUCCUGAUGAAAAAUAUGGAUAGAUAUCCUGAUGAUCAAUUGUCUAUCUUCCGUUGUUUUGUUCAAUUUGCAAGAAUCAAUUGGAAAUAUAUCGAAAAAUUUAUUCCGAGAUUUUUUAAUUUGGAACCCUACAUAAAACCGAAAGAGAUUUACCUCGAAUCUCCCCAGCACAUUGGGCAUUUGAUUAUAUCAUUUAACGCCUUGCUUAAGAAUGAGAAAAUAGCAAAGAAAUUGCCAGACUAUUCGUUUAGACAAUUUGUCUUUCUUCGAGAAAAAUUUCCAGAUUGCUUUCCCGAUAAAGUUCUUCAGAAGAAUGAUGCAAAUCAAUCACUAGCAAUGGAUGGCGUUGAAGAAGGUGAAAUAUUGGAUUCUGUCUUCAUGGGGGAAAAAGCUGAAAUGUUGGACUCAACUGAAGAAAAUACGGUCGAUAUGCUUGAAAAAGAUAAACUCGACUUGCAUGGAUUUAUAGAACAAACUUUGGGCGCUUUCGUAAAUCUCAGUUUUCUGAUGAAGGCUAAUAAUUGGAAGGGUGCAUUAUCGAUUGUGGGUGUUUGCUCAAAGGAUUUGAUAUAUAUAGCACGAACAAUUUCAUCACUAUCUGGAAAAGCAGAAUUUGCAAUCCUGUAUCUUGAAUGUCUACAAACAAUAAUUGAGAUCAAAAAGAAUUUUCAUCGAAACUACUUUUCUGAUAAGGCAGCAAAUCUUGCAGCAAAUCUGAUAAUAUUAUCAUAUGCGAUGGAAAACAAUUUCCUCGGCGUCACAGACAGAGCUCGCCAUUUCACAAUGAAUCUUCGUAUUAUCGCAAACAUUAUAUGGAUAAUUGGAGUUUCAAAACCAACUUACCUUCAUGAUUCUUCACCGCCUACCAUCAAGAAUCUAAUCCAAUUACUUAAUCGUCGAGUUCAAAUUGUUCAAGACAAAUUUCAAAAUGAAGAUUUUUUCUAUAAAAGUCUCGUUGAUCUUAAUAAAUUAUUACAAAAAAAUAUACUUGAAGACAGUUUGACCACCUCGGAUAUUAUCCCAAUUUUUGAUUACGUGGAGAAUUUCACACUUUACGAUAUUGAUCUUCGAAAUAUGAUGAAAAGAUGCGAAGCGAAGUUAAUCAAGCAGACAACUUCAAAUAAAGUGUUUGUCGCGGGAUUUCCACUACGAGUAUUUAUUGAAGCGGAAAUUUCCAAUAUCACGGAUACCAGAUCAAUAGGAAUACAAGUCACGAUGCCUGAUAAAAAAGUACACCAUUUUUGGCCACCUUCAUCUCAUUUCAUGAUAACAAGACCUUUUCAGUAUCAAUUGCGAACACAUGUAGAAAUAUCUCAACUGCCUUGGACCGACGCAUGUAAUAUUCUUGUUGAGAUUGUUAGAUAUUUUGACCCUGAUCUCCCUGAUCUUGACCGAUACAUCGUGUGUCAGGCUAAUAUUAGACAAAGUAAUAGCAUAGUUGUUGUUGGACUAUAUGAUUCGGCUAACACCGUUUCACUUUCUAAAGAGCCGUUAAAACUUUCUAUAUGGCCUAAGGAACCAAGAUCCAAAUUUUCAUUGAAUUCUGAAAAUAGUAUUGGUAAUCCCGGUAUACUUUAA